AUGGAGGAAUCAAUUUUUACUUACGUAAACAAGUUUCCUGAGUUUAAUACUAUAAUUUCUGGAAAAGAGAUAAAUUCAAGGGGUUCAGAUAAUGGAAAAUGUAAAAGUUUUAAAGAUGUAGAAUUAAUAGCAUACUCUGAUCCAAACAAUUCGUUUACUGAUACAUGCAAAAAAAUUGCUGAACAUCAUCAAGAAAUAAUAAAUAAGGCAAAAUCAUCUCAAAUUGCACUUUGUAAAUACAUCAAUUAUUGGAUUUAUGAUACACUACAGUCGAUGCCAGAAUUUUCCCAUAACAAAUUAUUAAAUAAGUUCUAUGAAAAAAUUGAAAAAUUAGAUUUUUGUAAACCGUACAGAAACUCCAUUGACAAAAGAACCUAUGACGAACUUAAAGAACUAUAUAAUAUGUAUGAACCUUACAUUAAGUUUAAAAAAGCAUCAUCAAAGAAUGGUAAUGGAUCGUGUGAAGAUGCAGAAAAUUUUUUUGAAUUAUAUGAACAAUAUGCAGGUAAAUGUAAACCGAAACAUAACACUCAUUUUUGCUGGGAAUUAAUAAAGAUCGGAGUAUAUUAUGAAUAG